AGCCGUAUAUGGUUAAUUUGUCUAUACUCUAUUGGUAAACAUGCGCUGAAGUCUGAGACUAGCAGAGCCAUGGUUAUUCGUCCUGCGUCUUCAGCUUUAUCGCUCGUGCUCAGGGCACUCUGUCACUGUAUGUUUGAUGAAUUGUCAGUUUGUCAUCUGGACAAUAUAAAGGCAUGUCUGUUUUGUUUUGUUCUCUGGAUAUCUGCUGGCUACUAUUGUCGGUGUGCGAUAGAUUCCAGAGACUUAUGGUUUCAUUCUCAUUCUGUCCUGUCUGGGUUCCUUCCUUUCAUCUCCUAUGUUUUCUUUUUCUUCUUCUUUUCUUUUUCUUCCUCUAUUUUAUACCCCUUCACAUUUUGACUCCUGCCUUGGAAUGUACUAUUACUUACCUUUCACUUCACGAAGCCUCUGUCUCAACUGAACCAGUUAAUUGCUAUUCAAGCACAAUUCUUAUCGAAAAGGAACUCAGUUAGUACCGUAGUUUUCUAUGAUAUAGAUCUAUCAUCCCCCAUCGGUUUUAGCCGUCAAACAGCGUUGGAAAUUCCGCGCAAUCC